ACAUCGGUCGAUAUACGUUGCUUGAGUUUUCCUUUAUUUGGCAUUUUUUACGAAAGUUGAUGACAAUCAACAAUGUAGUACACUAAAGUCCAAUAAAAGUGUAAUAUAUCAUUUGUUUAUUUCUAAAAAUGGAGAUUGCCAAAUCUCUCUUCAAUGUACGUGAUCAUGAAGGUUACGUUGGAAAAGAUCACGAUAGAAAACUUGACACAGCUGUAUCUGAUGAUGAGUGUGACAUUGAGAUAAAUGAAUUUAGGGGUGAAGCAUUAUCACCAACUCCUGGAGGUCCAUUUUCAGCACUCACAUCUUCUAUGUGGCCUCAAGAUAUACUAGCAAAACUUAAUCAAUCUGAUGAAUUAAAUGCACAACCUAAAUAUAGGUUUGAUGAGUUUGGAUUCAAAGUCGAAGAAGAAGAUCCCAUGGAAGAAAUUUCUAAAAAGCUUCUCAAUGUAUCUUUGGUAGAAGAUCCACAGCAGAGACUGCAUUGGAUAGCAUUAUUAGAGUUUAGUCAUAACAAAGAAAUAACAGAGCUUUCCAACAUUAAUAGUAAAUUACCUCGUAAUGACAAACUACGGGACAUGGUGCGUCAAGGUAUUCCUCAUUCUUUGAGGCCAAAAGUAUGGAUGAGAAUGUCAGGAGCACUUGAAAAAAAAUUAUCUUCAGAAACAACUUAUAAAGAUAUUGUAAAGGCUUCCAGUAGUGAUGCACUUAUGACUAGUAAACAGAUUGAGAAAGAUUUGUUAAGAACUAUGCCGGCCAAUGUUUGUUUUAGUAAUCUACACAGUACAGGAAUUCCUAGGUUGAGAAGAGUUAUGCGAGGUCUUGCAUGGUUAUAUCCAGAUAUAGGGUAUUGUCAAGGAACUGGAACUAUUGCAGCUUCGUUACUGUUGUUACUUGAGGAAGAAGAUGCAUUUUGGAUGAUGGCUACUAUAGUUGAAGAUUUACUACCUGCUUCUUACUAUUCUUCAACAUUGAUUGGUAUUCAAGCAGAUCAAAGGGUUUUACGAACUAUUGUUACCAAUUUUCUACCAGACAUUGAUCAAGUAUUGGUUCAACAUGAUAUAGAGCUGAGCUUGAUAUCUUUAAACUGGUUCUUGAUGUUGUUUGCCUCUGUUGUUCAUAUGAAAAUUUUAUUAAGGAUAUGGGAUCUCUUUCUUUUUGAUGGUUCUAUUGUUCUAUUUCAAAUAACAUUAGGAAUGUUGAGAAUCAAAGAAACAGAGUUGAAAAUGUUAGAAAACUCUGCUCAAAUUUUCAAUGCCUUAUCAGAUAUUCCUGGAGAUAUUGUUGAUGUAGACCAGCUCAUUCAAGUAUCUUUGGAAGUUGGUUGUCCCAUAACAGAUGCAUUAAUAGAAACUCACAGAAGAAGACAUUUAGCUUAUUUAAUGGCAGAUCAAGGUGGUCUUGUGGGAAAUCCUGAUGCACUACCUAACUUACCAAAGCAACAUCUAAAUAGGAGACAAAUGAAAAGAACGAAAUCAAUGCUUCAAACCAUUUUAUUUGGAAGUGACGAAACUGAGGACAACAUCAAGUGUAAAAAUAUUAGGCAAACAGAAAUAUUAGUUGAUCUGAGAGAAUCUGUUUUACAAGUGGCACGACAUUUCAUAAAUCUUGAUCCAAAACUAUCUAAUUCUUACUUGACGGCUGAUUAUACCAUGGAGAGUCAUGCAAAAGAUCAUGAUAAUUAUAUUAAUGUUUCACGAACACGAAAACGACGUGCCAAAGCUCUAUUAGAUUUUGAAAGACAUGAUGACGAUGAAUUAGGCUUCCGAAAAAACGAUAUAAUCACAAUUAUCAGCCAAAAAGACGAGCACUGUUGGGUCGGUGAACUUAAUGGACUCCGAGGUUGGUUUCCAGCAAAAUUUGUUGAACUGUUAGACGAGAGGAGCAAGCAAUAUACUUGUGUUGGCGAUGACGCUGUCAGCGAAGCGGUGACUGAUCUUGUUCGAGGUGGAUUGUGUCCCGCCAUAAAAGCUGUCCUCGAGCAUGGAAUGAGACGACCGUCGUUCUUGGGUGGUCCUUGUCAUCCGUGGCUAUUCAUCGAAGAAGCUUCUAAUCGAGAAGUUGAACGAGACUUUAAUUCCGUUUAUAGUAGAUUAGUACUUUGCAAAACAUAUCGCCUGGAUGAAGAUGGAAAAGUUUUAACUCCAGAAGAAGUUUUAUAUCGUUGUGUUCAGUCAGUUAAUUUAACCCAUGAUAACGCACAUGCUCAAAUGGAUGUAAAAUUACGCUCUCUGAUCUGCCUUGGAUUGAAUGAACAAGUUUUACACUUGUGGCUAGAAGUUUUGUGUUCCUGCGUGGAAGUUGUACAAAAGUGGUAUUAUCCAUGGAGUUUUGUGAAUAGUCCAGGUUGGGUACAGAUAAAGUGUGAACUUCGUAUUUUAGGUCAAUUUGCAUUUAAUUUAAAUCCUGAUUGGGAACUUCCACCAAAAAAGGAACAAUCUCAACCAUUAAAAGAUGGGGUACGUGAUAUGCUUGUUAAGCAUCACCUUUUUAGCUGGGAUCUGUAG